AUGGCCCGAGGAGGCUCGGCCUGCCGUUCGCGCUUCGGGGCAGGCUCGGCAUCCAGGUCGACUGUUACCGGACGCUUGCCCGCAGCUCGGGAGGAAGUUCGGGAGGCUCGGCCGGGAGAGCGACUGACCGCUGCUGCCCCGGCCUACGCCAAGUCAGCGUUGAGCUGGCGGAGACGGUCAGCCAGAGUUUGGUCUUCGGGGUCGGCCUUUACCGAGGGCGCCGGUGUCGAGCCCUGCUGCUGGCUUUUCUUCUUCUUCCCCUGGAAGCCCAUCAUGAGACGGCGCUUGGAGGACUCGUUCAUCCUCUUAGCCUCGACAACUCUCCUCUCUUCCGUCACUGCGUAA